AUGGGAAAGAAAAAAGCCGCAGAUUCGGCACCAGAAAAGCAAAAAGAGGAAAAGCCAAAAGAAGUAAAAACGAAUAAGAAAACAGAUGAGGAAGUUGAAAUCAUUGAAAAAUUCGACUAUUGGGGCUUUUUUGGCUUGAUAAUUUUCAAUAUUGCGCUGUUUUACGGCGUGAUGAGUUGUGCAAAAGAAGGGUUGACAAAAGCAAAGGAUCAAAUGGACGUCCUCGAAGAUCACACCAAUUUCAUCUAUUCUCACUGGAACGCUGAAAAAGCAGCAUUUGCCGAGAAAAUGCUCGAAACAACCACGCUUUGGUCCCAAGAACUAACAGGCAACCUAACCGGGCCAGAAGCACUCGAAAUUCGCGAACAACUAAAAGAAGGGAAAAAAUACGCACUGGAAGCGAAGGAUUUGAUGAUCAGCGCUCUUGACGCGCUGCGAAAUGACAAGCCGAUUUUCAGCUUUGAAACGCAGUACGACGAGGAGGGGAAUUUAAUCAAGCAGCCGGGGAAGUACCAAGUCAUCAAAGAAGACGGAUCUCAAGCGGAAAAUAAUGAUUUGGUUGAUAAGGCGCUGAAGAAAUUGUCAGAAACGAAGUCAAAAUUCAGCAAUCUUCGUCAUCAAAUUCUUGAGCAAGACAAAGCUUUUGCUGCGAUCAAAUACGCCGGUGAAAUGGCCAAUGAUGAGCAGCUCUUCAAAGUUGGAAUGGAGCGAAUUACAAAAGUCGCGGCGCAAGUGAAAAACUUCUGGUUUGAUGGCGCACUCGACUAUCAUAAAGAAGAAAUGCAGCGGGUAAAUGGAACGGCAGAGGAGCUGAAAACCAGGGCCGAAGCAGUUUUCUAUGGACUUCUUCGAGUCGAAAAAGCACAAGCUGGAGAGCCCCUGGACUUUGACUUGAUCAAAGAGCAGCUUGAUGAAAUCGAUGUCUACCUCAAGGAACUCAAGCCAAAAGUGGACGAAGUCGUCGAUCUUGCUGAAAAGGCCGAGCUCAUUUCUUCUGCGCCGCAUACUUACAUGGAACGGGUGAAAAAGUUGAUCGGCCCCCAACAUUUCGCCGAUUUGAGACUCCAGGCGGCGAAGAUCGAGAAAGUGCUGAACUUGAAGGCUAGAAACGAGCUCAAGGAUAUCACAGCGAAAAUCAACGACUACAAGCCCAUCUGCAUGGAUUCCAUGGACGAUAUCGACCUCGAGCAAGUAGAAUCUCUCGAGAAAAACUACAAAGAACUCCAAGAAAAACUGGCUAAAGCUGAUGAAAACUUUCCAAAGUAUAAAGAAUGGUUGGACGAAUACCACAAGGAGACGAGAACUUGGAUCAGAAAAAUGGAGGGGGAAAUUGCGGAUAUGGUUAAGAAGAUCAAGGGACCAGUUGCGAAGUCGUCGCUUAUUAUGAGAAAAGCAAAGACUAUCAAAUCGCUGGAAAACAAGAUGUACGAAGAUCUCGAGGCCGGAAAAGCUCCUGAAGACUGCGAGGAAUGCAAGGGCUUCAACGACAUGCGAUAUCGCGACCAAAUUGCUCUCGUCCGCCGACUGCUGGAAGAAGAAGACAACCGCCUCAAGUCGCUCGUUGAAAUGCAAGACGGCCUGACCGAGGAGGAAAUGGGAGUCGUCAUGGAAGCGGCGGAACCAGAGGUAGAAACCAAGAGCAACUACAAAUGGAAGAGCCACGCGGAGAAGAAAAAAGAAACUGAAGAACUUAAGGCCCAACUGGAUUCGCUCUUUGAUGAAAUUUAA